AUGCGGGGUCUCCUGCAGGUUGUGGAAGUCAGGACUGGGGAAAAGGAGUUGACUCCGAGGGCGGCCCCAUUAAGGGCAGAGGAGAAGCCAGGUGGGAGCAGCGUUUGGCCCUCAGUGGAGGCGCUGGAGGCGCUGGAGGCCCUGCAGUGCCAGCUGAGGGCCCAGAGCGCCCAAGGCCGCAGGGACUACCUUCGGGUGAAGCGGACCACUGCAUACCGGCGGAAGCCCAUUUUAGAACGCAGGAGAUGCAUCAUUCAGUGUAUCCCUGGUUUCUGGGCCAAACAGAUUCGGAACCACCCCCAGAUAUCAGCCAUCAUCAGUGAGCAAGACGAAGACAUGCUUGAGUACUUGAUCACUUUGGAGGUGAAGGACCUGUUUGGGCCGAAGUACCACUGCAGGUUGAUGUUCUUCUCUCAGAGCAACCCCUACUUCCUGAAUGAAGUGAUCAUCAAGGAAUAUCGUCUGGGCCUUGCAGGGUACAGGUCCUGCUAUUCCACUCCCAUUCAGUGGCACAAGCGGUAUGAGCAGGAGGCCUACAGGCGCAAGCACAACAACAGCAGCCUUAACUUCUUCAACUGGUUCUCUGACCACAGCCUGGCAGGCUCUGGCAGGAUUGCAGAGGUGCGUGCAUCUGUGGUGACCUGUGGUUCAAUCCCCUGAAGUACUACAGGAAGAAGAUGGCAGCAGUUGAGGGGUCCGAGGAGAGGACAGGGAAGUCUGGCCUGGAGACUGCCCUCAGGGGCCACCACUCCAGGCCCGCCCAGAGCAGCGCCCAGCUGCAGGGGCUGUGGUGGUGAGGAGGCCAAGGACCCGUAUGUCAGAGGCUGGCUGGAAGCCUCAGAGGAAGUAGAGAAGCCAGUGGCUGCACAUGACGCAACAGCAGGUGCAGUAAACCCCAGGCCCUGA